AACGUUCUUCCCUUUCUCUGCUCCUCUUCGGCUGCACCCAAAGCCCAGAGCAGGCAGGAGACUUCCUGGCCUUCUUUGACAGCCCUUCUGGUGGAAGAAAGAAACCGGCGACGCUGAGCAAAACCUCCCCGGAGAGAAAGACGACGUGGAACAUCCUGGACGAUCAACCACGAGGAUUCCCCGGCUCAUCCGGCACCCUGGAGCCACCGGCAGGCAUGAGGAAAAAAGAGGCCACCGUGCUCCUGGCAGCCAAUUUCACUGCCAACAACAGGAGCAACAAGGGCGCGAUGGGCAACUGCGUCACCACCAUGGUGCACAACAACUACUCCACCAGCGACAAGGGCCCUGCGCCCAAGAGCUCCAACCAGGCACCCAACUCGCUCAACAAUGUUAUCAAGGCGACCUCAAACGAGGAGAACGAAAGCAGCAGUUUCAUGAAGUCUCAGAAGAACUUCUCCAGCAACAACAUCAUGACCCGCAACAACAACAGCAGCCUGCAGCGGAGGAAGGAGGUGACCGAGGAGGAGGCGGAGAGGUUCAUUCAGCAGGUGAACCUGGCGGCCGUGACCAUCCAGCGAUGGUACCGCCGCCACACGCAGAGGCACAGGACGGGAACGGCUGCCCUGGGGCGCCUGCUGGCUUCCAAAAGAGAGGAAAGGCAGCAGCAGAUGGAGGAGGGGAACAUCCUGGAUUUGCAUGAGAAAAAGGACGAGGAACGCCGGAAGAUCCGAGAGGAGAAGGUGCGCCUGGCCCGCCGUGCUGCCAUCCAGGAACUGCAGCAGAAAAGGGCCCAAAAGGCUUCUGACACAAAGCGCUUGGCAGAAGAAGAACUUGCCCUGAUGAAGGAGAGCAGAAGGGCUGCAAAGAAGAAGCCUGCCAAACCUGCUUCUGCAAAGAACAUCAGUCCGGCCAACAGCAUCAUCAAAGCUAAUAAUGCUGGUGAGUCUCUUCUGCAGGUUUCUGGCGAGGCAGAAGAAGGCGUCCUGGCAGUCCUUGACUCCGUGGCUGUGCAGGAUCCCGGCGCGGAGGACAAGCUGCAGGAUGUGAGCUGCAGGGAGACAGGCGGAGAGGAUCUGGAGAUGGCGGUUACUGCUGCGAGCAGGGCUCAGUCCAAGGUCACUCUCAAUGAGCUGCUGGACACCCUCAGGCUGCUGGAGGAAGAGCCAGAGCUGCUCCCCCAGCCAAAACUCUUCAAGAAGGACAAAUAUGCCUGGAUAGAUGGGGAAUCAGACUCCAAUUCCUUGACUGCUGACAACUUGGAGAAGUUUGGGAAGUUGAACCAUUCCCCUGGGGUCCCUGAGGAUGGGGCCCUGCUCUCAGAGGCCAAGCUCCAAAGCAUCAUCAGCUUCCUGGAUGAGAUGGAGAAGUCUGAACAGGAGAGACCCAGGUCAGCUGCCUCAGCCACGCAGAGGGAGGGACUCCUCUCUGAAGAGGAACUGGCUCACUUGGAGCAGGCCUCCGCUGUUGCCACGGAAGUCACCAGCUCCAUCAUGAGGCUGAAGCUGGAAGUGGAGGAGAAGAAGCGAGCCGUGAGCCUGCUGCAGACGGCGCUGGCUCAGCAGAGGGAACUGACUGUUCGCCACGUCAAGCAGACCGAGAAGGAGCUCAGCCAGCAGCUGCGGCUGCAGAGGGAGCAGUACGAGGCCGCGAUCCAGCGGCACCUGACCUUCAUCGACAAGCUCAUUGAUGAUAAGAAGGUGCUGAGUGAGAAGUGUGAGGCCGUGGUAGCUGAGCUGAAACAAGUAGACCAGAAAUACAGCAAGAAGAUCGCCCAGAUACAGGAGCAGCAUGAGCUGGUCUGGCGCACUCUGGGCCCCUUUUGCGAGGAGAUCAAAAAACUCAAGGAGCUGAUGAGCGCAACAGAGAAAAUAAGGCGAGAGAAGUGGAUGGAUGAGAAAACCAAGAAGAUCAAAGAAAUCACUGUGAAAGGGCUGGAGCCGGAGAUCCAGAAGCUCAUCGCCAAGCACAAGCAGGACAUCAAGAAGCUGAAGAUGCUGCACGAGGCCGAGCUGCUGCAGUCGGACGAGCGGGCGGCGCAGCGCUAUGUGCGCCAGGCCGAGGAGCUGCGGGAGCUGCUGGAGCGGGAGCGGGAGCAGCAGAGCCAGCGGGAGCGGGAGCUGGCCCGGCAGCGGUGCGAGAAGCACUUGGAGCAGGAGGAGCAGGCGCUGCAGCAGCAGCGGCGCCGGCUCUACGCGGAGGUGGCCGAGGAGAAGGAGCGGCUCAGCCAGCAAGCGGCCAGGCAGAGAGCAGAGCUGGAGGAGCUGAGGCAGCAGCUGGAGGCCAACAGCUCUGCGGUCACCAAGGCGCUGAAGGAGGAAUUUGCAAAGGACAAAGAGGAGCACGAGCGGCGGCACCAGGCAGAAGUGAAGGUGCUGAAGGACCGGCUGGAGCUCGAGAAGCAGGCCUGGGAGGCCAGCUACAUGAAGAAGGAGGAAGCCUGGCUGCUCUCCCGGGAGCGGGAGCUGAGGGAGGAGGUGAGGAAGGAGAGAGACAAAGAGAUCGAGUUGGUCAUCCAGCGCCUGGAGGCCGACAUGUCCUCCGCCAAGGAGGAGUGCGAGAGGGCGGCAGAGAACAGGAUUAAGAGGAUCCGAGACAAGUACGAGGCGGAGCUGCAGGAGCUGGAGAGGUCCGAGCGGAAGCUGCAGGAGCGUUGCAAUGAGCUGAAGGGGCGGCUGGCCGAGCUCGAAGGGGAGAGCCUGCAUCUGCAGGGGCUGCUGAAGCACAAGGAGCAGGAGCUGGAGGAGAUCGGCAAGGUGCGGGACCAGCUGGUGCGGGAGCGGAGCAGCCUGGCGGACGUGAUCCGCCAGGAAUUCGCCGACAGGCUGGUGGGCACGGAGGAGGAGAACAAGCAGCUAAAGGCAGAGAUGGCAGAGAUGAGAGCCCGGCAGCGCCUGGAGCUGGACAGGGUCGUGCGGGAGAAGGAGGAGGAGCUGGAGGAAGUCCACAGGAGGGUGAAGACGGCCAUCGCGAAGAAGGAGGAGAGCGUGAGCGGCCUGCGCAAGCAGUACGAGGCGGCGCUGAGGAGAGCCGAGCACCUGGAGGCCCUUCUGGAGCAGCAGCGCAAACAGCUGCUGGCGGCCAAGUAGCCGCCCG